CUGACUUGUUCAGGAACAGGCAUUGUGCAAACACAUAAAAUAAAGUGGCAGAUACCCCAGAUAAAGUUCUCAGCCAGGAACCUUGAGCUGGACUCAGAUUUGGAGGACAUCUGCAAAGUCCGUUUUCCUACUGGGCUGGGCUUGAGAGGUCAGAAGAAUUUCCAGAAAAUGGCAGGGAAACCCAAACUGCACUACACUCGAGGAAGAGGAAAAAUGGAAUCCAUCCGCUGGCUACUUGCAGCAGCUGGUGUAGAGUUUGAAGAACAAUUUAUAGAAACGAAUGAAGAUUUGGAGAAGUUGCGCAGUGAUGGAUGGCUACUUUUUCAACAAGUGCCCAUGGUGGAAAUUGAUGGAAUGAAGUUGGUGCAAACGCGAGCCAUUCUCAGCUACAUUGCAGCAAAAUACAAUCUUUAUGGGAAGGAUUUGAAGGAGAGAGCACUGAUUGACAUGUAUGUAGAAGGAACCACUGAUCUGAUGGGAAUGAUUAUGACGUUGCCUUUCCAGCCUGCUGAAAAUAAAGAAAAGCAAAGGGCCCUGAUUAUUGAAAGAAUCACAACCAGAUAUUUUCCAGCAUAUGAGAAGAUUUUGAAAGACCAUGGGCAAAAUUUUCUUGUUGGUAACCAGUUUAGUUGGGCAGAUGUCCAUCUCCUGGAAGCUAUCUUAAUGGCAGAAGAAUUCAAGUCUGAUGUUCUCUCUACAUUUCCUCUGCUGCAGGCUUUCAAGACAAGAAUAAGCAAUAUCCCUACAAUAAAGAAAUUCUUGCAGCCUGGAAGUCAAAGGAAAGCCCCAUUUGAUGACAACAUGCUUAUGCAAAUCAGAAAGAUAUUCAACAUCUGAAGGCUUUUGCAAAUACUGGCAUACUUCUGCUAACUUACAUUUUUUCCCAAUAUAUUGCUAAUUAUAACUAUUGUUGGAAAGAUAAAUAAAAUAGCAAUUCCUCUUAGUGUUAUAAUUGCAAUCCUUUUGAAACAAUGAAAAAUCAGUAAUUUACAUGAAAAAUAUUUUUGAAGGCCUUCUGUCUAAAAUUAUAGUGUAUAAUGCUGUUUUUUUACAUGGGCAGAUACAGAAAGUAAGAUCUACCUUACCCAAGCAUGUACAUUAUCAGUUUGUAACUUAACAAAAAUCACGGAUUCCUUACUCGUAACAUCAUUAUCCCUUGCCUUUGUAGUUGUUCCUAUGCAGUAAUAACUUAAGAAAAUUAUCCUUUGUAAUGAUUAACAACUCAAUAAAUUUCUCCUUUACCACUUAA